UUAAGCUGAAGAUUCAACUUAUUGAUCAAACAAAAUGGCGAGCUAUACUUUUCUAAUGGAUGUUGGGAAUGGUUCGCUUACAGAUUCAGAAGUGUCUUCCAUGGUAAAACUUUCUGUGACCGGAAGUGGCUUCUCUUUGGUUGGAACCAUGUUGUCUUUGUGCUUGAUUUGUUUUCUACCAGUUGCUUCAGAUGGCAUGUUUAUUCUUAUCAAUAUGAAUGUGUCACUCAUUUGUGCCCAGCUGGCAUUGAUCGGCGCUGAGAAUUCAUUUCAAAGCAAAUUGGUGUGUAGGACAGCCACAGCUGUGAUCCACUAUUUCUUCCUCACUCUACAGUUCUGUUCUCUGUCUUAUGGACUCCAUCUUCUUUCUAAGCUGAAGUCUCUGGCCUUCAUGGAGAGGUGUCAUAAGCGUGUGACAGCUCUGUUCAUCUGCUGGGUGCCCGCCAUGGUGGUUGUCGGUCUGACGGCGGCUCUGAGGGGGGAUACUUACGGAUCAGGCACACUAUGCUGGUUAACGGCUGAAAAGGGAACUCGCUGGGCAUUUGUUGGUCCCACUUUAGCCAUACAGUUGGUAAAUCUAAAUGUAUUUGGCUUAAUAAUGACGACACGAUUUGCAAUGGAUGUCAAAAGGAACUUUGGAUUAAGACGUGUUGCUAAGAACCAACUUUUAACUGCAAUUUCCCUGGUCCCUGUUCUUGGUCUCAUGUGGUCCCUUGGGCUAGCCACGACUUUUGGAAUCUCCAGGAACACCCAAUACGUGUUUGUGGCCUUGUGUUCCACUCAGGGAAUGUGCAUCUUUCUUGGUCACGUGCUGACGAAUAGUCACGUGAGGAAGUUGCUUUGUGUAAAGAUAAAACCAGAAGAAGAUAACGACGAGGACGUCUCAGUGACCAAUGAAAUCAGUAACGAGGUCACCUACAUAUCUCAACUCUCCGAAAUGAGGGACAUCCCUAGAGGUAGCUUAACAAACAGCGAGAAAGAGAAUGGAGUUGAGAAAGAAAGAAGUCUUUCUGAGACUGACAUUCAGGUCCCCAGUAAAAACCUGCUUAACGUGCCCGACGGAAAAUGUCGACAGAGAACGCCAAGACACAGCCUAAAGUAACAGCAUUUAUUUAUAUUUGUAAUAUUUGGUCUAAUAUAACAUCAAUGUAUCUGAAAUAUAUGUUGUGUAACGACAUUUUUAUUCUUGUUUUAAUAUUAGUACAGCAAAAAACUACAUCAUGUCUUUGAAUAAUGUGUGUAUAUAACAUUCUACGUAUAUACUAUAAAAUGAGAAGUUUUCAUUUGGUAGUCAAACACACUUUAAAGAAAUUCCUAGGUGUAACAAUGAGCUAAAUAACUAAUUCAUAGAGUUUUAUACUUUCUCUAAAACGAUUUCAUUUUAUUUCAACUUGAAAUGUUGAUCACAGCAAAACAUGCAUUUGAUAAACAUUGUGUAGAAUCAAGGACGAAUUUGGCAGAGCAAAUGAUAUUACCCGAACUUCAAACAACUUUUAUGCAAUACACAACGAAAGAAUCACAAAGACAACUGAAUAAGUACGACUUGACCUUAUGGUAUCAUAAACUGUAUUCAGCAACCAAGUUUUCAUGUGGAAAAUAGUCAAUAGCCUCAAUGACAAAAACAUUAAAAAGGAUUUUAAUUGACGAUAAGUAUCCCCUAAUUCUCACUCUCAUAAACUCACCUAUAUUUUCUUCUUUCUUCUGCAAGUUUGGAUGGUCGA